AUGGACUUCUCUGAGUUUGGUGAACCCACAGUGCCGUCAUCAUCACCAGGGAGUACAGAUUCCAAUACGGGCAUGCAGCCAAUUCUCUUACCGGUAAAUCCCUCAGUGUUCACUCUGGCGCCACCAAUGUCUUAUCCCGGGGAGGGCAACCCCCACGCGCGCCUCAAUGAAGAUGUAGACCGACACCCGCUAUCAGCGUAUCCUGGAACCGAUCUUACUACCGCACUACACAAUCCUAUUGCUGCAAAGUACGAGGAGUCCCCAGGGGAUCUCAAAAUAGUCCCCUACAAAGUCCAGAACAGGAACACAAAACGUGAAUCCAGCGGCGGGCGCGCUUUUCGCGUUAACGCACUCAUUAACGACAAGGCUAGUAGCUUGGAUGACCUCUACAGAGAACCCGGUAUCCAAUUGGCAGCGCGACAAAAACGGCUCGUCUCAGGGAUGUUUUCAGAUCUUUGGGGCGAACGAAAGGGUACGUUCAGACUUCGAUGCUGGGUCCCGAUCCAGUACAGCGAUAACAAGAGAUGUGACACGUCGAGUGACCCGUUCAUGCCGUGCAAGCGUUGCGCAACAGUGGCUCAUGCUUGUCUUAACUGGCCUUGCACACGGGUAAGCAUCCUCGAUUUGGAUUUACACAGACGAGGGUCAACCCGUAGCAACGACCUCAAGACCUGGACCCUUGACCAGAAGAUACGUUACUACUGGAACGUGGAAAACGGCGGUGAAGCGCUGGAGAAUCUACAGGUGACGAUUACCCAGGACCAAGGUAUCAGCUUUGCUGUCACGGUCAAUCAGUUCGUGCCGCUUCCGGGCGAUACCACAGGAUGGAAAUGGAAGGACGCAGCCUCCCAGCAGAAAGUGCUGGAGAUGCCUCCGUUCUACAUCUGCAACGAGGAAGAGGCCGAAUGUAACAUGAAGAAUGCGGUAACGACUGGGAAGGAAGAGUACAUCAAUGUCCUGCUGGGCGACUCAAAUCCAAUCACCAGGAAGACAUUCGAGGCAGCGUUUAGACAUCUAGAAACCUCUGAAAGUAGACUCAUCCUCGACUGUCUAAAGUUCUGGGUGGCCACACGUUUCAUUGAGAAGCCCUGGCGGAUCUGCAGUGCCGGACUCCCCGGCUUCUACCCUUCCAUUGAGCCGUCGUGUCCCUUCAGUGGGAUCAUUCCUGUAACUCCUAUCAUGGACACGCAGAUUGACGAUAUGGCCAUCAAGGCCCUCCUCGACCCGUUGGGGAAGAGGAUACUAGCGGAGUUGAAUCGAAAAAUUCUGGAAAAGACGAAGGAGAAUUGGUGGGAGAUUUACCUUGCCACUUUCAUUAUCAUGAACAACUUCGAGUUCGUAUUCAAUGAUGUCCGCGACUAUACCAGCCGCCAUGGAUUGAGACCAUCCACCACCGGCGCCUUCUCUCUUACCAAAGGCUACUUCCAUGCCUGUAAGACCAUUCUGCUCUACUUCCGCUUCGCAUGCAACGGGCACGCGCCGCUCUCUCUCGCCUGGCAGUCCCCUAAACCAAAUUCCAACCCUAAACUCAAACCCAACCGCGGCUCUCUUUCCUAUUCAGCCUCUUCCCUGGACCCCAUAACCUACAGCCAACAAGAGUACCUCCUCGAAAUCAAGCGGGAGAUCGACCGACAGAAGCCGUCUCUUGAAGCCUGGCGCGGCGCGUCCGGCUCCGCCUACCAGACCCCGCUGUACUUCAGCUAUCAAAUUCUCGCCGAGGACUGGAGCCCGGAUAUCCAUGUUUCGGAGCCGGAUGACGGGUUUACUGAGGAGGAUUUUCUGACUUCUUAG